AUGUCCGGGCGCGGCAAGGGAGGCAAGGGGCUCGGAAAGGGAGGAGCCAAGCGUCAUCGCAAGGUGCUCCGCGAUAACAUCCAGGGUAUCACCAAGCCGGCCAUUCGCCGUCUUGCUCGCAGGGGCGGGGUGAAGCGUAUCAGUGGGCUGAUCUACGAGGAGACUCGCGGCGUUCUUAAGAUCUUCUUGGAGAACGUCAUCCGCGACGCCGUCACCUACACGGAGCACGCCCGGCGUAAGACAGUGACCGCGAUGGACGUGGUGUAUGCUCUGAAGAGGCAAGGAAGGACUCUCUAUGGGUUUGGAGGUUAG